AUGUUGGGUUAUGCCACGUCUAUGAAGGAGUUAGUCACAAAGAAAAGGAACUUCAAUUUUGAAACAAUUGAAGCUUCCCAUAGUUGUAGUGCAAUUAUGACUAAAGAGCUGAUCAAAAAGAGAGAAUAUCCUGGAGUGUUCACCAUCCCUUUCACCAUUGGCAUGCUCAAAUUUGCUAAAGACCUACGCGAUUUGGGAGCAAGCAUCAACCUAAUGCCAUAUGCGAUCUGUAGACAACUUGGGUUGGGGGAAUUAAAAGCCACAACAAUGAGACUCUUGAUGGCGGACCAAUCAAUUAAACAUCCUAUGGGAAUGCUAUAUGACAUAUUGGUAAAGGUUGACCGAUUCAUAUUCCUAGCUGAUUUUGUCAUUCUCGAUUGUGGAAUAGAUGCUGAAAUUCCCAUUAUUUUGGGAAGACCAUUCUUGGCAACCGGGAGAGCGUUGGUGGAUGUUGAAAGCUAA